CGUAAAUAAUAAUAAUAAUAAUACUAUAUAUUUUUAUCAUUUUAUCCCUACAAUAAAAAUAAGUCAAUAAUUUAAAGUAAGGAAAAAAUAAAUAAAUAAAUAAAAAGGAAAAGGAAAAGACGCCAAACCAAACCCUCCUAAAUCCCUCACUUUUGGUCUGCAAACACAAUUCCUCAUUUCAGAUUUCAGUUUGACAGCAAAAACAAAAGCAAAUCGAACUCCACUCAGAACCCAGUCAGAAACCUCUGUUAUGAGGUUCAUCCUCCAUUAUCUCUCUAUACCUCACCGGCAACCCCACCACCACCACAGCCGCCGUGCCUUCGUCGACAUUGGCGCCAUCAAAUUGGUUCGAGACCGAGCUCUCGACCACGCCGUCGAGAAGGAAAACCACCUCAAACCCAUGCUUAACCUCAAGAACCUUAUCAAAUCCGAGCCCUCCAAGUCCCUCCCACUCUCCAUCAUCGUCCAAAACAGGAAAACCCUCGAGAUUUCCCUCCGCCCAAUCGAGUUCGUCCGCAAAUUCCCUUCCGUUUUCGAGGAAUUCCUCCCCGGCGGAGCCGGAAUCCACCCACAUGUCAAAUUGACCCCCGAAGUCCUCGAGCUCGACGCCGAAGAGGAGUUGAUCUACCAGAGUGACAAUUACAAGCAACAAGUCGCUGACCGGCUUUUGAAGGUAUUGAUGCUAACCAGAAUCCAUAAAAUUCCAUUACAUAUCAUUGAUCGCCUAAAAUGGGACUUGGGUUUGCCCCAAGAUUAUACACAAACAAUAGUACCUGAAUUUCCUGAUUAUUUUCAAGUCACUGGUGACAAAGGUUCUAUUUUGGAAUUGGUGUGUUGGAGUAAUGAGUUAGCAGUUUCAGUAAUAGAGAAGAAGACAAGGGAUUAUGAAAAGGGAAUGCCAAUUGCGUUCCCUUCACAAAAUUCCAGAGGUUUUGAGAUGGAUAAGAAUUUCAAGAAGUGGGUUGAUGAGUGGCAAAAGUUACCUUACAUUUCUCCAUAUGAAAACGCAUCACAUCUUCUGUCCAAGAGUGAUGAGUCGGAUAAGUGGGCAGUGGCUGUAUUGCAUGAGCUUCUUCAUCUUCUUGUUUCGAAGAAGACGGAGAGAGAAAAUUUACUUUGUCUUGGUGAGUAUUUGGGGAUUCGGUCAAGGUUUAAAAUUGCAUUGCUUCAUCACCCGGGCAUAUUUUAUAUUUCAAGUAGAAUUAGAACUCACACUGCGGUUUUGAAGGAGGCUUAUAAGAGGGCCUUGUUGAUUGAAAAGCAUCCGUUGAUGGACAUGAGGUAUAAGUACAUUCAUCUUAUGAACAUGGAGAAGAAGGAUCAUAAGCCAAAAUCUUUACAAGGAAGCAGUACACGACAACAAAAGGCAUCUGGUGAGUCUAAAGAAGGAGAAGUAGAGGAUGAUGGAAGUGGGGGAGAACAAGAGCAGAUGUCAAAUGGCUUGUCAGAUUCUGAAUUUGAGGAUGAUAGUGAUGAUAAUUGUAGUGAUUAUGAUGAAGAGGACGAUGAAGAUGAGAGUGAGACACUUGCUUACAAGAAUAUGGCAACAAAUAAAGGAAGAACAACUAGGAAGAGGGAUUUUGAAGAGAAAGGGCCUAUGAGAACAAUGCCGAAGAGGUCAUUUGAAGGAAAACCCAGGAAGAGUCAUGAUAAAAAGGCAUCAAAAUUUUCUAGAAGAACAGAAACGCGUGGUGGUCAUGAUUUUGGUGGGAAUUCCCUGGAGCGAUCAGAUGCCCGGAGAACCAUGGGAAGGUCAAAAUAUGACAACUGUAAUGAUUUUGAUGAUGCAGAGGAUGGAAAUGACAGUGAGGCACUUGCUGGCAAGAAUAUGGAAACAAAUAAGGGAAGAACCACUAGGAAGAGGAAUUUUGAAGAGAAAGGGCCUAUGAGAACUAUGCCAAAGAGGUCAUUUGAAGGAAACCCCAGGAAAAGUCAUGAUAAAAAGGCAUCAAAAUUCUCUAGAAGAACAGAAAUGCGCGGUGGUCAUGAUUUUGGUGGGAAUUCACUGGAACGAUCAGAUGCUCAGAGAACCGGAGGGAGAUCAAAAUAUGAUAAUUGUAAUGAUUUUGAUGAUGAGAAGGAUGAAGAUAACAGUGAAGCACUUGCUCGCAAGAAUAUGGAAACAAAUAGAGGAAGAACAACUAGGAAGAUGAAUUUUGAAGAAAAAGGGCCUAUGAGAACUAUGCCGAAGAGGUCAUUUGAAGGAAAACCCAGGAAAUUUUCUAGAAGAAUAGAAACACGUGGUGGCCAUGAUUUUGGUGGGAAUUCACUGAAGCGAUCAGGUGCUCAGACAACCACGGGGAGGUCAAAGUAUGCCAAAAGGACUUCCACAUGGUAGAAAAUAAGUUUAUUUGCUGAAGCAACAUAUGGGAUAGGUUGGCAAGACAUUGUCCUCUUUAUCCAAAGUCCAUCUUUGAUCUUAUGUGAUGCUAUCAGUCAACUGGGAUGCUUAUAAUUACUGCCACUAUUCUAGACCACUAAGGCUGGCCGUAUCUCUUGAGAAAACUGUGUCCAUCUAUUUGUGUGGUCCUCUAUAUAUGGCAUUCCUUGAAAAAUGUUGACAGUUCUCUCCCAAAAACCAACCUAUGUCAUGAUCAAGAAUUUGAGUUGACCUUUCUCCUUGCCUCUAGUAAGAGUCAACUUUCUGGUUCAUCUGAUUGUUGAUUCUUGGGAGGAUUUUGGCCUGCAGAACUGGGGUUUUAGAAGUCAUUUCAGCUUUCUUUUUUAUUUUUGCUGAUAAUUGAAACUCACUUCUUUCCUUGAACUAAAAUGGUAAUACCCGGUUCUUUGGGAUUGUAUCUCGAGUUUUAUCAUGGUUUUGGAUAUUGACUGCAUACCAUAACCUUGUAAUUUUGUUGGGGUUAAGGCCCAUAGUAAAUUUGAUCCUUCAUCUUUGAUUCGA